AUGUUUCGCAUUUUUUUCUCAAGCUGUGGUUUAGCUGGACAAGUUGUUUAAUGUAAUUUAAAUUGAAUUUGAUUAUUUUAUUUCUAUUCAAUUUGUUGUUAAGUUAAUCAAGCUUAUUUAUUUGUAAUUUCGGUGUUAAAACCAUUGGUGUAAAAUUAGUAAUCUUUAAAAAUGCCUUUAGCAAGAGAUUUACUACAUCCAAGUCCAGAUGAAGAAAGAAGGAAAUGUAAACUUAAGCGAUUAGUUCAACACCCUAAUUCUUAUUUUAUGGAUGUUAAAUGCCCUGGUUGCUGGACUAUUACAACUGUUUUUAGCCACGCUCAAACUGCUGUACAGUGUAAGGGUUGCGCUACAGUUUUAUGUACAUCUACUGGAGGUAAAGCUCGAUUAAAGGAUGGCUGUUCGUUUAGAAAGAAGCCCUAUUAGACUUCAACUUACAAUUGACUAUCCACUUAAGUUGUUAUAUUGAAAUGUCGACUGUACACACACACACACUCUCUCUCUCUUUUAGGAUUUUGCGUUUGGUCAACCAAUAUAUUUUGUGGUCAACCUCUUCAACUCUGUUUAGAUUCAUGAAGAAAUAAAAAUUUAUUUACAUGAAUCAAGCUAAUUUAAAGGUCUGUCAUCAUGUCAAUUCACUAACAACCCAAGUUGAUAGUCAACUGUAAGACUUAUGGAUUAAAAACAAAAAACGAAAUAAAAAAAAUUUGCUAACAAA